UACUAUAUAAGGUUUUGGACAACCUUUGAGUUCGAUCACACGAAGAUUAAAGCAAUAAAAUAGAAGCUUAAAGCCAUCAUAAAGAAGAUGGCCAGCAACAGGGGCGACCAUUUUUGCCCAAGCUUUAUCUUUCUGUUAUUACAGUUACUACUCCUACAGUUUUAUUCCGGCAAAGGUGAUCUCCAAUUGAACUACUAUGCUGAAAGUUGCCCAAAUGCUGAAGAGAUCAUCAAACAACAAGUCAUCAAGCUGUACGACAAACAUGGAAAUACAGCUGUUUCUUGGGUUAGAAAUCUCUUCCAUGACUGCAUGGUUAAGUCAUGCGAUGCAUCGCUGCUGCUAGAGACAAGGAAUGGAGUUGAAUCAGAACAAAAAUCGGAGAGGAGUUUUGGGAUGAGAAAUUUCAAGUACGUUAAGACAAUCAAAGAAGCUCUUGAGAAUGAAUGUCCAAUGACAGUUUCCUGUGCUGAUAUCGUGUCUCUUUCGGCAAGAGAUGGCAUUGUCUUGCUUGGAGGUCCACGCAUAGAAAUGAAAACCGGUCGUAAAGAUAGCAAGGAAGGUUACCUGUCAGAGGUAGAAAAUUCCAUCCCCAACCACAAUGAUACGAUGGAACUUGUGCUUUCUCGCUUUCAAUCCAUUGGCAUUGGCACCGAAGGAACGGUAGCUUUAUUAGGAGCUCACUCCGUAGGCCGAGUUCACUGUGUAAAUUUAGUACACCGACUUUACCCGACGGUUGAUCCGACAUUGGACCCUGACUAUGCCGAGUACCUUAAACGAAGGUGCCCAACCCCCGACCCCGAUCCUAAGAAAGUGUUGUACGCAAGAAAUGACCGUGAAACGCCAAUGGUUCUCGACAAUAUGUACUACAAGCACUUGUUGCAGCACAAGGGAUUGCUCUUGGUAGAUCAGCAACUGACUUCUGAUCCAACUACCUCCCCUUUAGUGGACAAAAUGGCUGCUGAUAAUGGAUAUUUCCAUGACCAAUUUGCACGAGCAGUGCUGUUGUUAUCAGAGAAUAAUCAGCUUACAGCAGAUCAAGGAGAGAUUAGAAAGGAUUGCCGCUAUGUAAACAGUGAUUAAUACUACAGUGUUCAAAUAAACUGGGAAUUUAAAUUUUCAAUGGAAUGCUUGAAAAGAAAGUAAAAGUUCUUUUGCACGCUUUGCAAAGUUAAUAUUUGUAAUUCAAUGAACUUUUUGCUAAUUGUAAUUAAGUACGGGCCUAGGCAUAGCCCUCUUAUUACUUUAUUAGGCCUUUGUUUUAUAGUAGCCCUGGCCUACAUGUUUCCACAUUCAAGCCCAAGAUAGGGGUCAAUGGUUAGGAAUUAUGUAGUUGUUUAGGCAUGAUGGAAACUACCCAAAUGGCCUAAUCUCAAUCCAAGUUUUAAUUAGGGAGCAACU